AUGUACGUUCAAUCCGAUGGUUCAAACAAAGAAGCAGAUGUCAUCGUGGUGGGUACUGGCCCUGGAGGCCUUGGAGCCGUCGGUGCAGCUGUCGAAGCAGGCUCGGAAGUUAUAGUCGUCGAAGCCAACAAUCGAACUGGGGGCAAUGGAACUUGGUCCACCGGUUGGAUCGCAUUCGUUGAUUCGGCAAUGCAAAGAGAGAAAGGACUUCAAGAUAACGAAGAGAUAUUCCUGAAAGAUUGUCGAAAACUGGUGAAGGAACAUUCACAUCUGUAUGGCAUCAUUUGGGAUGACACUCUUGCACAAGUCUUUGCGAAGAAUAGUUCCAAGAUGUACGACAUUCUUAUCGCAAAAGGCAUGAGAUUCACCCACUUGAUACCGCGUCCGCUACAGGCGUCUGUGGAUCGACUUCAUGCCAUUGAGAGUACAGAAAUGUUUUCGGAGGCAUUUGAAUCUGAUUUUGUUGGUCCAAGGACACUGACGUAUCUCAACAGCAGGGCCACGGGACUGAUUGUCGAAGAUGGCUCGGUCAAAGGAGUGCAUGUUCAACCGACUGAUGGUCGUCCGAGAUUUCAGGCUCGGGCUAGAAAAGGCGUGAUCCUCGCCACUGGAGGAUAUCAAGCUAAUCCGGCUUUACGAGCAAGACAUCAGCUUGCCGAAUCUGCGAAUGCUCUGUAUCCGGGACUGCCUACGUGUGUUGGCGACGGCCAUAUUCUGGGUCAAGCCAUUGGUGGAGACUUGAUCAAUAUGGGGGUUAUACCUCCUGUUAUCCAGGUUGCGUCGGCUCUUGUCCAAGAGUCCAUUGCGGUCAAUGCAGCAGGAGAACGCUUCCAUGACGAAGCAGGGCCAUACUACGAACGUGUCGUUGCCCUUCGAAAACAGCCGCAGCUCGCAGCUCAUUAUAUCUUCGAUGCGGAUACCUUCAGAUCAAAGCGAAUGUAUGUGAACUACUUUCCCCAAACUCCAAUCUCGGCAGACUCGUUGGCUGAUUUGGCCACCAAAAUCGGUGUUCCGGGACAUGUACUGGAAAGCUCUGUUCGCCAGUGGAAUGAUUUCAUGGCAUCUGGAUCUCCCAAGGAUCCAUUGACUGGCCGAGUGGCUUUUUCUGAACACCGAAGCCAAAUUUGCAAAGCGCCAUUUUAUGCAGCAAAGAUGAUUGCUGGCAUCAGUCUCACAUGCGGCGGGUUUGUUACAACUACGAGCAUGCAAGUGGUGGAUGUCUUUGGCAACCCGAUCCCUGGCUUGUUCGCGGUUGGUGACUGCGCUGGAGGAUUCACACCUUCCGCUGACAUGGGGGGAACACAUUUGGGUGGAGGUCUUGUGUUGGGUUGGGAGGCUGGAAAAGCUGUCUCGACUGGGGAACUGGCUCAACCUCACACAGGGAGCAGCUUUGGUGUGGCGAUUCCGUCAAAGAUUGAAAGUGAGCCCCGAUAUCGCAAUCCAAUCAUUGACGUGACUGCGUCGAAGCUCUGA